AUGGCCACUACAAACUUGCCUACCGCUAGCGAGAUGAGGGCCACUCUCAAGCAAGUCUUCGACCAAGACAACGCUUGCAAAGACUUGCUAGUCGCCGUGGACUCGGAAGCUGCUCAGCUGAAGAGCCUUGGCGAGUGGAUGAGCAAUGCAGAUAUUGAGUCUCUACGCACAUCCCGAAGGAACGGGGUGACAAAAGGUAAACGAGUGGAAGAUACAGUCCGUCAAUGCCGAGACACUCUCGAGAUCCUAGAGGAAGAUGCGCAGUCUCUCGAUGCCCUUGCAAACUCGAAUCGAACGAACGAUGUAUUAUCAGAGACAGCAAAGGCUGCAUUCCAGUACUUGCUGGAAAGUGAGAUGGAACUGGACCAGCUACGCCUCAAUCCCGCAAUGUCGUCCAUGUUGGAUGCGGCCAUUGAUCGUCGGGCCAUGCGUUCGGGCACAACCCUAGCGGCUGAACUCAAAGACCAAUUGGCCGCGGCACAGAACCACAUUGCGGAAUUGACACAGCAAAACAAGUCGCUCGAGCGCUCCGACACCAGGUCGACACAUAAGAUUGAGUCUCUCAAUGAGUCCAAAAAGUCCCUCGACAAGUCGAACACCGAAUUGAGAGAGAAAAUAAAGUCACUCGAGGAGUCCAACUCGAUGUUGAAUGCUGAGUUGGGACGGAGAAAUCAAUCCGUCGAGGACUCCAACUCUGUACUAAACGACGAAUUAAGACAGAGAAUCAAGUCCCUCGAGGCGUCAACCAAGUCACUCCAAGACUCCAACUCCAUGUUGGACGACCAGCUGACAGAGUUGUGCAGAAGAGAAUCUGACUUGGCAGAAGCACUUCAAGAGACCAGAGACACACUUCAAACAGCCGAGGAUCGCAUUCAAAGAUACACGGACGACGCCACGAGCUUGCAAAGAAAUAACGGCUACGCAGAUGCUCUGCUCCGCUGUGUCAGUGACUAUCCAGAAGAAGGCAGUCACUGGGAGGGCCUUCGUCACGCGAUGAAGUGGCCUAGCAAAAUCCAAUGCCAGCCUUGUCAAGGACAAGCGCCGGUGUGGAUGGAAGACUGGAAUACUUGCCCUCGUCCGCAAACCUCUCGAUCGUUUAUGCAGACAAUUUGUGACGCAUGUGUUUGCUUGUACGAAGCCUCCUCAUCGCGCACAGCUCUUGACGUAGAACCUCGCCGUCUGAGCACUCGGGACUGUCUACAGCAUCUUGUAAAUUGCCUCGUGACGGUGCCAGAAGUGCAUCAUGGCCUGUGUAUCACGUUUUCUAUUGCAACAAAGACAUUCCUGGCUCAGGCCGAAGCUUCGCCCUUUGAUAUAACACUUCUGUUGUGCAUGGCUGCUCAUCUUGUUGCUGUUAGAUGUCCCUCUGAACCCCGCCGUCAAAGUGCAGCCGAGAUUCGCACCUCCGCCUCGCGCCACCUAGAUUGGUCUAACCGGCACCUUCUGGAUGCUGUUCUGGCUGGCUGGCAUGGCGCAAGCGCGAGCGGUCAUGUCGAGUUCUGCUGCCCGACCGUCAACGGCGACGGCCAUGCAGUCUACGUGCCCUCGGUUGAUGCUGUCCUUUUUAUUGGCAGCGAGCUGAAGCUCGGUUGGCUGAGUCGUUCCUGUAUUAAUUUCACGAAAUGCGAAUUCGGAAAGAUUUACAUGGAGAAUCCAGGGACGCACGAGGUCAUCGAGUUCAUUAUAGAGGGACCAAAAUUUGUUGAGCUUUGGACACUUUUAGCGAGAUAA